AUGGCAGCUCGUGCAGCAGCACACGCUCAGCCCCAACUUGCAGCUGAACAUCAGCUAUUGCGCUCCGAACUCGUUAUCAAAGACCAGGAGCUCGCAACCAACAAGCAGGAGCUUGCUACUAGAGAUCAGGCGCUCGCUGCCAAAGAUCAGGAACUACAACAACUUCGCUUCGAUCUCGCUGCCAAGGAUCAGAAGCUCGCAACAACAGAGCAGGAGCUCAUUGCGAAAAACCAACAGCUUGCUGUCAAAGCCCAGGAGCUCACUGCCAAAGACCAGGCCCUCGCAACCAACAAGCAGGAGCUCGCUACCAAAGACCAGGAGCUGCAACAACUUUGCUCUAAUCUGCAGUCAGCUCUUGAUCGGAUCGGCGUACUUGAGCGCAACCAAGGCGCCGGUGGAUCCGCAUCGAACUUUGACGGACCCAUCCCACAAGUGCCUCUCGCCACUCUCGCCUCCGCCACGAACAAUUUCGCUGCGGAUUCUCUGCUCGGCGAAGGAGCAUUUGGUCGUGUGUACAGUGCCAGUUUGCCUGCUCCUCCCGUUGCCGUCGCCAUCAAAAAGCUGUCCGCCGAAUCGAUCCAGCACUAUGCAGCGUUUCAGGCAGAGUUGAAAUCUCUAUCUAAAUUCCGUCACCCCAACAUCAUUGUCAUGCUGUCCUAUGCCGAAGCUCAGGGUGACUAUUGCUUGGUUUACGAGUUCAUGCCGAAUGGCUCUGUUCGCGACCGUCUCAGCUGCAAGAACGACACUCCUCCGCUGACUUGGUCCCAGCGUCAUCGCAUUGCAGCUGAUGUUGCCCGCGGCAUGCACUACGUCCAGACAGCCCUCCCUGAUCAAGUUCUGUUCCACCUCGACCUCAAGACGGACAACGUUCUGUUGGACGCGUAUUUCAACGCAAAAGUGUCUGAUUUUGGUCUCGUCCGUGCUGCACAACACCUCGAUGACAAGAGCUAUCUUCGCACUCAGAACGUCCAAGGUACCAAGGCUUACAUGUGUCCCGUGUUCUUUGGCGAGAGUAAGAUUACCAUCAAGACGGACGUCUAUGCUUUUGGCAUGAUUCUGCUCGAGCUAGUGACCGCCGCCAAGCCUGGGCCCACACUGAAAACUGAUAUGCGCAAGGCUGUGAAAACCCAGAAAUUCGUUGAGAUGCUGGACUCGGCUCUCCACCCAACCGAAGCCGAGGGCCAGAGCGUCAGCGAGAUUGUCACCCUCGCGCUCGAGUGUCUUGAUGACGAUGCCGAUGAGCGUCCGUCUUUUGGGCAACUCAUCGUUCAAUUGGAUCCUUGAUGCCAAGCGAAAGAUGCUGCGCUGGUGUCUCACUGCUUGAUCAAGAGACGAACGAACAACUCUCUUGUUCUUCACUACUCUCCCUGUGUCCGUUUCCGUUUCGCCCGCUUGUGGCAUGCUCCUCCUGCAUGUUGUAACAGUUGCUUCAUGACUUGUUCCUUUCUCGAUGCGCUUGCUUUUCACA